AUGCAGGUGCGACAGUGGCGACAUUAUGACGUGGCGCAAUCUGCUGAUAACACCUGCAAGCGAGCUCUCGUUACUGCGACUGCAAAUCCGCAUGUGGAAGCUGCCAUCAAGGCGAACUUUAAGAAAACAGAUGCCGAGUUCUCAAUGUCGCGAGGAUUGAGAUACCGAAGGCCUUCAAACUUGCCUUCAAACGUGCCCACGAUCGGCAUCAGUGGCACAGUGGGCGGUGUCGACAAUCUACAACCCAAAUUGACGUACGACGCAACAAUGACGACGAUGAUGCGCAAGGGCCUUACGGGCUACCAGCUACUAUGA